CAGCAGAGCCAUUUUCACCGUUGAAUAACCACCGCACGCCGCUUGCUGUGUGUUUGAGAGAGAGGGAGAGAGAGAAGAGCUUUGAGUGAGAGGAAAGAAGAAGCUCUCCUCCUGGAUAAAUUUUUUUACCGGAGCUCCCUCCUUCCUUUCUCUCUCUUGCUGCUUGUGUGUGUGAGUGGGGGAGGCCCGGGGUGGACACACACAAUGGGGCGAGGAGCCUGUGGUUACUGGGCUGAUUUGCUGCUGCUGAGAGGGGGAGGGGGUAGAGCGAAGGAGACCGGCACACACAGCUAACUCAGCCAGCCGGCUCCAGCCAGGCCUUCACAGGCACAAUCUUACCCCGCUCCCUGGCUCUUUUUCAGUUUUUUUUUAUUUUUUCAAGGAAUACCCCUCACUUAAACCUGGAUCUAUGGAUUAAUCAUGUGUGUGGAUUAUUGUGGAUGGAUUUUGUGAAACGGAUCUAGAUUGGAACCUUGAACAGAACCGAUCUCUCUCUUCCUGUGUUUGUGGGGAAAGGAGAGAAAGGGAGCCAAACUUCUCCUUUUUUCUUUUUUUUUGCUUUGUGUUGAGGGAAGCUUCUAGAUGGAUUACAAGAUGCAUGCCAAGUCUAACGAUCUGCUGGAUUUUCAGACUCUGGAUGCCCUCUUGGAAAAAAUGGCACAUUAUUCUUCUGUCUCUGUGAAAAGAGAGCCUAGUGAGGAGUGCAAUGGAAUCAGCGGUGCUCUCUCAGUGGAGUCAUCCGCGCCGCCAUCGAGACUGAACUGGUGUCCCGCCGCCUCCGCGGCCACCGCCGCCCCUGCCCCAACCCUCACCCCUGCUCCGGCCCCUGUGCCCGCGCCCCCAGUCACCUCCACAAGAAUGGGGGACGGCCUGGACGCAACUACGGUGCAGAUGUCUUCGUCAGGGAGCAGUAGCAGCAGCCACGGGGGGCAGCCCCAGUCCUCCACCUACGUACCCACCGUGCCAGAGUUUAACCCACCGCCCCCAGAGUACAUCAACCCGUCGCGGCCCAAGCGGCAGACCAACCAGCUGCAGUACCUGCUGAAGGCGGUGCUGAAGACCCUGUGGAAGCACCACUUCUCCUGGCCCUUCCAGGCACCCGUCGACGCCGUCAAACUCAACCUGCCGGACUACUACAAGAUUAUUAAAGUUCCUAUGGAUAUGGGAACAAUCAAGAAGCGACUUGAGAACAGCUACUACUGGAACGCGCAAGAAUGUAUUCAAGACUUCAACACCAUGUUCACCAACUGCUACAUCUACAACAAGCCUGGAGAUGACAUAGUGUUAAUGGCUGAGCAGCUGGAGAAGAUGUUUCUCCAGAAGAUCACUGAGAUGCCCCAGGACGAGACGGAGAUCGCUGUCAUGACCGGCAAGGGACGAGGCCGGGGCCGACGGGAAGGAGGUCUGAACUUGAAGCCAGGCCCGACUAUGGAUUCUCCGUCCACCACCCCCCAGACGCGGGGCUUCUCCAGCCACUCCCCGGGCCCCCAGACCAGAGGACCACCAGUGCAGCAACAGACCCAGGACCAGGGGCCCCCAUCUCUACCUCCUCAGCCCCUCAUACAGGCCCUGCCCACCCGCGUGCCCCCAACGCUACCUGUCCACACCCAUGCCCACGCGCCACAGCUGGGGCCCCCCUACUCACUGGGCCCGUCGGACCUGCCUCUCCCGGCCCCUCCCAAGCUCCCUAUUAUGACCUCUGUGCCUCCUCUCCCCACCCAGACCACCCUGCCCCCCACGUCCAUCCAGAGCACCGCCCCCAUAAUGCAGAACCCCGUGCCCAUGGCCAAACAGAGAAAGAGCCAGAAGAGGAAAGCAGACACAACCACCCCCACGGCCAACGACCAGCUGAGCGAGUCCUCUCCGGCCGAGUCCAAGUCGGGGAAGACGCUGCCGCGGCGAGAAAGCGCCAGGCCCAGCAAGCUUCUCAAGGAGGCUCCAGACUCCCAGCACCACCUGGGCCUCGGGAUAGGUCUCGGUCUAGGGGGACCCGUAGGACCAGGUUUAGGGUCUCAUAGCCCCAAGCAGCAGGAGCAACUACGGUACUGCUCCAGCUUGGUCCGAGACAUGUUACAUAAGAAGCACGCUGCCUACGCCUGGCCUUUCUACAAGCCAGUGGACGUGGACAUGCUGGGGCUGCACGACUACCACGACAUCAUCAAACACCCCAUGGACCUCGCCACCGUCAAGGUGAAGCUGGACAACAGGCAGUACAGAGACGCCCAGGAGUUUGCUGCCGACGUGCGGUUAAUGUUUUCCAACUGCUACAAGUACAACCCACCCGACCACGAGGUGGUGGCUAUGGCACGCAAACUACAGGACGUGUUUGAGAUGCGCUUCGCCAAGAUGCCAGACGAGCCCGAGGAGACCUUGGCUUCGACUCCUGCCCCCGCGCUGCUCCAGUCCUCCGCCCCCAUCAUCAAGUCCCAGCCGCCGCCCAUCCUAAAUCCAGCCUCUUCCAUUCUAGGUCCAGCCUCCUCGGUCAAACGCCCUGCUUCCUCCUCGGACAGCUCCAGUGAUUCGUCAUCGGAGUCGGAAUCCUCCACCAACGACUUGGAGGAGGAGAGAGCCCAGAGACUGGCCGAGCUACAGGAACAGCUCAAAGCUGUCCACGAGCAGCUGGCGGCCCUCUCGCAGCCACAGGCCAGCAAACCAAAGAGGAAAGAGAAGGAGAAGAAGAAAGACAAAAGGAAAGGAGCGGUGGAGGAGAUCCCGGAGCCGGCCAUCCAGUUCCCCAAGAAGACCAAGAACAACAGCAGCAGCAGCAGCAAGGAGCUGCUGCCCAAGAAGACCAAGAAACCCAGUAAGAAGGAGGGAGGUGCGGUGAAGAACAACCGCUCUGCAGCCGUGGGCCCUCAGGCAGCGCUGCAGCCCCCAACUCUGCAGCCCGUGUCGGGCUUGAGGGAGGGCCAGGAGGAGGGCCCGGCUGCAGCCGGAGCCCCCGGGGAGAAGGGUAAACCCAUGUCGUACGAGGAGAAGAGGCAGCUGAGUCUGGACAUCAACAAGCUGCCCGGUGACAAGCUGGGUCGUGUGGUCCACAUCAUCCAGUCCAGAGAGCCCUCGCUGAAGAACUCCAACCCCGACGAGAUCGAGAUCGACUUUGAGACGCUCAAGCCGUCCACGCUGAGGGAGCUGGAGAGAUACGUGUCGUCGUGCCUCCGCAAGAACAAGAAGAAGGUUCCUGGUUGUCUUGAGAAGAUGUCGAGUCACGUGCUGCCCUCUCCUAUAGUGGCAGAGAAGACCAUGGAGGCCAUGACGGCCGCCAAGACCAAGGCCAGCUCCUCAUCUGACUCGGACAGCAGCGACUCCAGCUCCUCAGACAGUGAUGAGGAGAAGGGAAUAGCUCCUAAACAGAAGAAAGGCCACGGGACCAACGAAGGGAAGAAGACCCAUCUCCACCAUGCCAUGUCUGGAGCUGGUCCCCUCCCCCAGGGCCACCCUCACCCCCAGGCCCACCCUCACCCCCAGGCUCCUGUCCUGCAGCCCAGCAUCCACCUGAAGCACCAGCAGCACCAUAACCCUUCCCCCGCCACCUACAUAGCCCCUCCUCCCCCAGUAACGGUCACGGCGUUGGAGUCCUCCCAGCUGCUGGAGAACACGUUUGAUUCGCUGCCCCACUUCGGCCAGCAGCCCCUCAUGCACCUGUCCCAGCACCACCACUCCUCGUCGCCUGCCGUGCCCCCCCACCUCAACGCUCACUCCGCAGCAGGGCCUGUGUCCCCAGAGACGCACCCCUUUCUCAACCAGCACCCCAUCCUCCCCAACCCUAACCCAGCUUUGCACAACGCCUUGCCCCAGCAGCCGUCUCGACCCAGCCACAGGGCAGCAGCUCUACCUCCCAAACCCCCCCAGCAGCAGCAACCAGCGCCCCAGCCCCAGCCAACCCUACAACAACAACAGCAACAACAACAACAGCUCCAGCCACAAGCCCCUCCACCCCAGCAUCACCUCCCGCCCCACAUCCUCCACCCCGCCCCCCCCCAGUCCCUGCAGCAGCGGCCCCUGUCCCCCCCCACCCUCACCCCUCAGGGCCUGCUGUCCUCCCAGCCCCCUCAGAUGCUCCUGGAGGACGACGAGGAGGUGAUUCCGCCCUUACCCCUCAGCCAGGUGCAUCUCUACCUGCAGCAGCUCCAGCAGGGACAGAGCCAGGGACGACCUGGCCAACAACCACACAAUCCCCAGCAGGUCAUGCAGUCUCUCCAGGUUCGCCAACAACAGAACCAGGCUCCCCUCCUGCAGUCUGUACAGGUGCAGCCCUCCCAGCCCUCUCUUCAGCCGCCCCAGCUCUCGGUCCAGCCCCCCCAGGCCCAGUCCAAGCCCACCCCCCCCUCGCGCCACCCCCAGCAAAUCCUCCCCCCGCACCAGGUAGCCCGCCACCUGCAGCAGCAUGCCCAAAUGGGUUUCCCCUCCCAGGGGCCGGGGGUGCAGCAGACGGGUCAGUCAGACAGGCAACACAAGGGGUCCAUGCAGUCCUCCACCAAAGCACAGCACAUCAUCCAGCAACAGCAACAUCCCUCCCCUCGACAGAUCAAGGCUGAUCCAUACAACAGCGGGCACCUAAGGGAGAACCCCUCCCCCAUCAUGAUGCAUUCCCCCCACCUCCCCCAGUAUCCCCCUAUAACGCACCAGUCUCCACCACACAACCUGCAGCCCAAGAAAGAGCAGCGUGCACCCCCGGCCCUGGUAGGCUUGAAAGAAGAGAAGCUGCCUCCCUCUCCAGUGAUGAGAGGAGGAGGAGAGCCCUUCAGCUCAGCCAUGAGACAAGACCCUCACAAACACCCAGACAGCCACAGCAAGCCCUCGCUACCCGGCCACGCACAGCAGAGUGAGUACACUGCUGUGAAGACGACGGACAGCUCUCGGCCGGUCAUCCGUUCCUCAGAGCCCAGCGGUCCUCCCUCCUCCUCUCUGCCAGACAAGGACAAGUUCAAACAGGAGCCCAAAACGCCUGUCGCCCCCAAAAAGGAUGUGAAACUGAAGAACAUGGGUUCGUGGGCCAGCCUGGCCCAGAAGUCCACGUCGGCGCCCUUGUCUGCAGUGAAGUCGUCUAGCGACAGCUUCGAGCAGUUCCGCCGGGCCGCCCGGGAGAAAGAGGAGAGAGAGAAGGCUCUUAAGGCCCAGGCAGAGCAGGCUGAGAGGGACAAACUGCGCCGGGAGCAGGAGAAACUACGGGGUCGUGACAGGGAUGAUGAGGAUAUCCUUGAGCCUCAGCAGCAGCAGUCGAGGAGGGUUCAUGAGGAGCCUCGAAGCAGACGGCUGGAGCAGCAGCAACACAUCCAGACCCCCCAUCCUCAGCAGCAACCCCAGGCACCAGCCCCCCAGGCCCAGCCCGCUGCCCUCCCCCAUCCCCCACAGGCCCCCACACCGCCCCAGCCCUCAGCCCAGGACCAGCAGAGGGAGCUAGCGCGACGCCGCGAGCAGGAGAGGAGGAGGAGAGAGGCGAUGGCGGCGACCAUCGACAUGAAUUUCCAAAGCGACCUGAUGGCUAUCUUUGAGGAGAACUUGUUCUGAUGACGAGAGAACCCCCAGAAACUUAAAACACAUAACGGAAUAAUGAAUAUGGAAUGGAACAUUUCUUAUGAAAUGGAAUCUUCUGUAUGACAUCACAGAUGGUGGG